UGCUGCAGUGCUUGUACUCCUUCAGUAUACCAUGAAUGCAGGAUGCAGCCAGUCAUAUAAAGGAUUCUCUUCUUCACAGAAUGAAAGAAAGACGUGAAUUGCAAACCUGAAUGCAACCUGAAAGGUCCAAAUAGAUGAGCUUGUGACAUCCUUUUCCAGAGCCCAGCACAGGGAUUUCACAUACCCCAGCUGUGCCUCUGCAGAUUUGAACAACACUGCUUAAGACUAUCCAAAUAUUUCAACUGUUCCAGCUGUCACAGAAAAUAACAGGGGCCAGCUGAAUGUCAGGAUGCAAGUAGUAACUGUUAUAAUACUGCUUCUUCUCUGUAAAGCAUCUGACUUUAGGAAGACAAGGAAUAGGAGUCUGAGAAACAAUGAAAGGGAAAAUAGCUUAAGGAAAGCCUCUAGCACUGUUAAGCGCAACACCCCAGGCCUCCCUUGUGAUAUAUACACUUAUCUUCAUGAGAAAUACUUAGAUUGCCAGGAAAGAAAAUUGAUUUUUGUAUCAUCUGAUUGGCCUAAUGAUUUAAAACACAUGCUGCUAGCAAGAAAUAGGAUUCGUAAACUAAAGAACAAUAUGUUUUCCAAGUAUAAAGUAUUGAAAAGUCUAGAUUUACAACAGAAUGAUAUAUCAAAAAUUGAGAACCAGGCUUUUUUUGGUUUGAAUAAGCUUACCACACUCUUACUUCAGCAUAACCAAAUUAAGAGUUUAUCCGAGGAGGUUUUUAUUUACACACCCGUCCUAAACUACCUGCGUCUUUACGAUAAUCCCUGGCAUUGCAACUGUGAACUGGAAACUCUUGUUACAAUGCUACAGAUUCCAGCAAACAGGAAUUUGGGAAAUUAUGCCAAGUGUGUGCAUCCAACAGAACUGAAAAAUCAGAAGUUAAAGCAGAUAAAAGCUGACCAGCUUUGUGGUGAAGAGGAAAGGCAGGACCCCCAAAAUAUUAGAAAGGAAAAGCAUGAAGCUACCAAACCAGAAUUUGAUUCCUCUCUGUGCCACAUGUAUGUGUUUCCUGUAUCAACUCUGAAUUGCAAAAGAAAAGAUUUAAAGAAAGUUCCAGGUAACAUACCUCCAGAUAUAGUUAAACUUGAUUUGUCCAACAACAAAAUUAGACAACUACGAGCCAAAGAAUUUGAAGAUGUCAGUGAACUGAAGAUAUUAAACCUAAACAGUAAUGGAUUAACUUACAUUGAUCCUGCUGCUUUCUCAGGGCUCAGUAACUUAGAGGAGCUGGAUCUAUCAAACAACAGCUUGCAAAAUUUUGAAUAUGGAGUAUUGGAGGAUCUUUAUUUUCUGAAAAUACUGUGGCUGAGAGAAAAUCCUUGGAGAUGUGAUUACAACAUUCAUUACCUUUUCUACUGGUUGAAGCAUCACUACAAUGUUCACUACAACGGCCUAGAAUGUAGAAUGCCUGAGGAAUACAAAGGAUGGUCUGUUGGAAAAUAUGUUCGAAGUUACUAUGAAGAGUGCCCAAAAGACAAGCUGUCUAUUUAUCCAGAAAAUUUUGAUCUAGACAAAGAUGAUGAAGAAUGGGAACGACACAAAGAACAAUCAGUUCAAACAGUAAAGAAGCAUGGUGUAAUUGUCACUGUAAUAGGCUAAUAAAGGAAACUCUUUUUUGCUAGUAGAUUCAAAUAUUUGAUACUCUGACACAAAAUAACAUUGUUUACAUUUUUGUUAACUAUACAGAUUGUUUGUAAGAGUAUCUGCCUACAAAGAUUUCUUUUUAUUACAGUUAAUAAUUACAGAAUGGCAUUAGUUAUAGAGCAUCCCUCAUCAAGUUAUUAUUUCUGACAACUAGCUCAAGACAUUCUUGUGAAAUAUUCUGGCAAUUAUUUGAUACUUUGCAACACAAAUGGACAGAAACAAACAUAGAGCUGUUGCGGGGAGGAGCUGUUAUAUGUACAAACACAGCUCAUGUGUUGACAGGAACUUGCUGCAGAAUUGUGAUCAAGACUCAUUUUCCUGAAUGUAUUGCCCGUUCUUUAUAUCUACCAAUUUCUUGAAAUAUUCCCAGAAGACUAAUUCUAAGAUUUUUGUAUCAGCUUCCUGUUUUUUAUUGUAUAUGAAAAAUCAAACCUAAGACUUACCCUAAAUACAGUUCUAGAAUAACAGGAAUGGCUAUUGUUAUACUGAUUGGGACACAAAUCCAGAAUUGGAUUCUACUGGCUUAGUUACUGCUGUUCAUGCUCAGUCUUGAGAGAAUAAUGCAGCCUCUGUCUCUUCUGUAACUGGGCAGAAGAUAGGAAUAGUGAAGACAUAGUGGGUUCCCAAAACCUAGUCGCUUGUAUUGGCCUUAUUUGGCUUUUGGAGUAGCAG